UUCGGAAAAUAGUGUAAUUCACCACAGAUAUCAGAACAAUAUCAUGGCUGUGAUACUGCGCCCAGCAACGGACAAAGACCUUUCCUCGUUUAAUAAAUGGAUGGCUAAACUGGGAUGGGCGUAUUCAACAGACUUGAAAUACCAACAGGCCUGUGCAUCAUCAUUUGAUGUGACCGUCGCCGAAGUGGACGGCGAGGCGGCCGGCAUCGCUGUUUGGGCCAAGGUUACAGAUAACCUCUUCCAGUUGACUGACCUUGUUGUGGACGAGCAAGUCCGCGGUAAGGGGGUCGGCAAACGACUCGUGGAAAAUCCCCCUGAAUUUACGAAAGGCAAGAAUCGUUGGUUGAACGCUGUUGAAAGUGCUCUCGACUUUUACCCCAAGUUCGGGUACACCAUCCAGGCCGAGGGAGAAUACAGUCACAUACGAGGUCAUCCAAAGGUCACGAGCGAGGCAACAAAGGUCAAGGCCAAUGAUGCUACGAAUGAUGUCACGAUUACUGAUGUCGGCCAAACGAGUUUCACUGAAUUCCUCCGGUAUGAAAGGUCUGUCAUCAACAACCUCCAUAAAGAGAUGGAAUCCCUGAUGAAGAGUGUGGCAGAUUCGGGCACCGUGAUUCUCGCAAAGCACGCUGGGAAAACCGUGGGCGUGGCUUUGCAGCGUUUCGACGAGAGCACAAAAAUCUGCCGACUUGUCCUAUUCGCAGAUAGUUCAGAUGUCGCAAUCAAAAUCAUUUCAUUCAUUACUCUGAAUCAUCUUAAAGACCACGAGCUGCUUUUGACUGUACCAAUGUUGACCAGCAAUACUCGAGCUCUGGCCGAAUAUUUUGACUUGGAAAUUGUGCGGUUUGGGAGAGCGAUGUUCAACCUUCGGGAUGCGUUCAAGACAGAUGUUGACAUAGAGAAGGUCUACUCCUACAUACCGAUCUAGUCAUGAACAAUAUCGUCUGGGCUAGUCGAGACGCCAGCGGUCAACAAUCUACUCUGCAGUCUAGUUUACAAUCUACCUUGGUCUAGUUGGCAUCUACCGUGGUCUAGUUGGCAACUUGCCAACUAGACCACGGUAGAUUGUAAACAAUCCACUAAGUCUCUUCCGGAAGUCUGCUUAACAAUGGCAUAUAUACUACUGGACAAUUACUGGAGCAAAAGAGACAAUACUACUGGUGUUAACAGUAUUGUCUUUAACGCCAAAUUCCAGAUUUAUGUUUCAAUGAGUAACUAACCUUAAACACUACUGCUAUCUGAGUAAAAGCUCAUUCGAUACGCUCGACAAUCCAUUUGGUUUGAGGAUAACAAAUGAAGACAAGAACACAAGGUCUAUCGUCACCAGAAAAGUCUAUAAUUUUGAGAAUGAAAGUAUUUAUUUGUUCCACUGCUUCCUUCGAAAGUACCAACAAAGAAUCGAGAAAUAUCACGACGUUCCUGGUCUACGCUUCUUUAGUAACCAACUCACGAUCACCCAGUGGACGAAUCUGAAACAACAAAAAUUAUGCGUUUUUUAGAUAAAUACAUGUACGACGAGAACAUAAAGGAAUAUCUAUUGCCACUGGGCAGGUAUGCCGCACAUUGGAUGCUCACUCGAUACGGAGGCAGCACUCCUAUAUUGUUAUUGAUCCAUAAAGGUUCAAAGAUGGCCAGCAUUUCAUCCAACAUCUUUGUAGCUGUACUGCUUCACUGUUCACGAAUUGUCUUUGUAUUGCCUUUAAAUGAUGUUCGAGGUUAGAUAUUGAAGUGUGGGGUUAGUACUGCCUGACUGUUCUUAUUCAAAACUGGAGUUUGGUCCAGAUCGCGGAAUACACACAUGGAAAGGGAGAAACCACGUUGACUACUUACAGCUUGUUCUGGAAUAACCUAAAACGAGCACAUAAAGUUGGUGUGUUGACAGUUUGCAAGGAACAUGAAAAAUAUAGAGUAACAGUGAUUCGAAAAAGUGUCGACACAAUACAAUGUCAAUUACGUGUUUUUGAUCUCUGUCCUGAAUUUAACUUGACACGUCCAACCCUACCCCUGCAUCAGCGAACAAUGGAGCAGGACUACUCAACGGGGGACUAUGUCUACGUUCCCAUCGUUGAUAGAGGUGGCUGUUACUUACUGCUGCUUGUUCGCAUGGGCGUGGUGUAAGACCGAGUGGAUGCUGAAACACCAAGGAUCGUGAUAAGGUGCGAAGGUUGACCAUUCAUGCUCCGGCCAUCAUUGUCAAGAAGAGAUGGCUAAGGCAUGUUUUCCACAUCUUUGGUGUUUCCAUACAGAAGGCAGCCAGAGCUAGCGACCACGACUUUUUAAUAGGGGAACACAUAGAAAUGUGUCACUCUUGUUUUCCAACGCACUCUAAAACAAUGAGAGGAAAAAGAAAUACUCGGAAUCAUCACACCUGUACUGGUACAUGGAUUGUCAAAGUGGUAAACACAAUCAGAAGUAAACUCUACAAUAAAGACUAGUAAAUGCUUUUACUUCAGUUUUGUACAGAAAGGCCUAGUGAAAAUGUACAUGGAGAUUUAGAUAAAAGCAUUUGCUAGUCUUUAUUCAUAUCACCCAUUAACUCGAUUGCAUCGAUAGCUAUCUGUCCUUCUUCAUGAGCGUGCAAUCUGACUGUGAUAAUUCAAGAUGUAUUGCACCAGCCAAGUGGUUCUUUUAACCCGGUGUAUUACUUACACGACCAACUGAUUCCUAUUGAAGAGAAGAGGUGUUUAAAUUAGGAUGCAAAUGUUAACAUAGUGCAUGUCCUCUUAAAAGUGGUAGUUGUAACUUUUUGUGUGCGGUCACUUUGGUAUAAUUUGAAGGUAUGAAGUCAUGGGCAGCGCUUGACGACAAGCGACACACAUACUGGAACACUACUCAUCGAGAUAGUGUCAACUAAAUGCUCUACAUUGUAUGCUAAUAGUUACUUAGAAAUAGUUCUGAUAGUUACCAUACUUGGCCGCGUUCGUCUUCACUAAACAAAGAAGAAACAAUAACGAUACUUUCAUUUAUCGUUUAGGGAUCUAAAAAAUAUGAGCAUAGUAAAACAAGGUUCUCAGUUUGUGGCUGUCGAUGAAGUGAGAGCCCUGUGACCGAUUUAAAAGAACGGAUCGGGGCCUGUUGUAUCUAGAUGUGUGGUAGAGCUGUAUCUUAUCUUGACGGUUCCUGCCACCAGCUGUCACCUUAAACUGUGAUUAUGUACAGACCAUCAGCACUCCAUACUUCGAACUCCUACCCGUAUGAUAAUAUAGGGCCAACUGCAUUUAUUCAAUGAAAUACUGAUACUUACACCAAGCCGUGAACAGUUUAAAGUCGGACACUAGAACAAAAAGUGAAAAAUAAAAAACAUACAUUCUAGCUAGAAAGAACAA